CUGCGAUUGGUCUGCGACUCAGUUCAAUACCUCAUCUAUUUACACCUAGGCCUGCUGUCACCACUCGAAAUGCUGGGGAUCCGUUCGGUGACUCAAGCCAAUCUUCCUCCUACACCUGCUGCUACCUCUCAAGAUGCUGGGGAUCCGUUCAACGACUCUGACGCCGAUCUCAUAAUUCGCUCGUCCGACAAUAUAGACUUCCGUGUCUACCGUGCUAUUUUAUUCAAGGCAUCUCCAACAUUGCGCGCCAUCAUCACCGGCAACGCUAGCCUUGCCUCCUCAGAACGUGAAACCAGAGACAACUUACAAUUAGUACGAAUCAACGAAAGUCGUUCGACCCUCACUCUUCUUUUCGGCAUCAUCUAUCCUGGAGAUUCUCCGGACUUUGAGAACAUAACACUUGGCCAAUCAGUCACCCUCCUUUGUGCUUUGGAUAGGUAUAUCAAUAUUUCCAGCAUCCCUAGAACCAUCGACUCCAUUAUGGACAACGUUAUCAAAAAGAAACCACACCUAGCGUUUUCCCUCGCGCGUCGCUUUUCCCUUGCCGAGGAAACGGCAGAGAAAGCCGCCAUAGAGACGCUGCGCUUCUCUCCACUCACCCCGAUCCAGCGUAUUCAAGACGAGCACCUCUCCGAGUACAUGACAUCAGGGCUCUUCGACGACUUAGCGUGCUAUCACCGCCAAGCUGUCCGCGCCACAUCCACGGUCAUACGCUCCUUCCUUCCAGAAUCCACGACUCUCAGAUCCGUCUACUUCCCGUUCGCUCGCACGGGAAAUGCCCCGUCAGCGGAUAUCCGCCAAUGGCACGAACGCUGCUAUUCCUGUAGUCUUUGCUUCAAAUGCCACUGCCCUAGACAGGACAUGAUAGGCCAGCCCCAAGGCCCGCAUCAGCAGGUAUUCAACAUCCCGCAGUAUGUCAUCGACUACUUGACGCAAUGCGGCGCCGCACUCAACGACAAGCCUCAUUGGGAUACCAUGCUCGCCGAUAAUAGGUUGUUAGCUGCCCCUUUGCGCACGGCCGAUGACUGUAAGGGAUGCAAGUGGAGGGCGCGGGUUGAGAUGCCUAUAUUCCGGAAGUUGGUCGCUGACAAGAUCGAAAUGGAGAUUCGAGAGACAGUGAACGUCCCUUUCUAA